UACAUCCACUGAUACUGUGAUUGUAUCAUAAGUAGUGGUGCACUAGUGUCGACUACUCAUGGCUCUUCUUCACACGUCUCUCAUGACCUCUUUCUUUCUCUCUUUUUUCCUUACCUUAGUUUCUCUCUCUCACUUGUGUUUUUGCUUCAAUACCAAACAUCUUGGUUUGUCGACCACCGGGUCCGAAUGGUCACCGGCCGGUGCGACAUGGUACGGCAGUCCUAAUGGAGCUGGAAGUGAUGGUGGAGCAUGUGGUUAUGGAAAUGCAGUAGAGCAGGCUCCUUUCUCUUCUUUAAUUGCAGCGGGAAGUCCUUCGCUUUUUAAAUCUGGCAAGGGAUGUGGAGCUUGUUAUCAGGUGAAAUGUACAGAAAAUGAGGCAUGUUCAGGGAAACCAGUGACGGUGGUGAUCACCGACGAGUGUCCUGGAGGUAGCUGCUUAGCUGAAUCUGCUCAUUUUGAUCUCAGUGGGACUGCAUUUGGAGCCAUGGCCAUCUCAGGUCAAGCUGAUAAACUACGCGAUGCUGGGGUCCUACAAGUUAAAUACUCACGGGUUGCAUGUGACUACCCAGGACAGACCAUAGCCUUCCAUGUCGAUGCCGGCUCCAACCCCAACUACUUCUCAGUGGUUGUCGAGUUUGAAGACGGGGACGGAGACCUCGCAAGUGUCGAUCUGAAGGAGGCGGCGACAGAUUCAAAUGCAUGGAGGACCAUGCAACAAUCAUGGGGUGCAGAUUGGAAGCUUGAUUCUGGAUCGGAAUUGAAGCCGCCAUUUUCGAUCAGGUUGACGUCGCAGUACUCAGGCAAGACGCUAGUGGCGAGCAACGUUAUUCCGGCAGGGUGGCGUCCCGGUGCUACUUACCGCUCCUUCGUCAACUAUAAUUGAAUCUGCCCACGUUCAUAUCCCUAUUUACAUGCAUGCCAUGCAUGUGAAGAUGUAAAUGGAUGUUGGUAUUUGUAUUUUAUGGUUCAAUGGUUCGCUUAGUUGUUGUUAGGAACGGACGGUCGUCGUUUUAAAUGGAGUGUACGUGCAUUUUAUAGUAUGUCGUGUGCAAGGAGAUGUUGGGCAUUAUAAAUGAU